AUGACGGACGUUGGCAACGAUCGAGUGAAGGGCUCGUGGAGUCCUCAGGAGGAUGCGACACUACUGAAAUUGGUGAACCAGUAUGGCGCACGGAAUUGGUCCCUCAUCAGCAGCAGUAUUCCGGGGCGUUCUGGCAAGUCCUGCCGGCUGCGAUGGUGCAACCAGCUGAGCCCGGAGGUGCAGCACCGCCCCUUCACUUCGGCGGAGGACCAGAUCAUCAUCAAGGCGCACGCUAUUCACGGGAACAAGUGGGCCACCAUCUCGCGCCUCCUCCCUGGCCGCACAGACAACGCCAUUAAAAACCACUGGAACUCCACCCUCCGGCGCCGUAGCACGAUGAGUCAGUCGGCGGCGGCGGCAUCGCCAAACACCAAGCGCGCCUCUCCGUCGGAGUGGGACCAUCCUUUCAAGAAACAGCUUGUGGAGAAAGAAAAAGAGCAGGAGCGAAUUGCGAUUCCCGUUAUCACGCCUUUGAGUCUUUUUCCUUUCGGUGAAAAAUCAGAUAGAAAAGUUGAGGAGGAAGAGAAAAAAGUGUGGGAAGAAUUUAAAGUGAACAAUAAUAAUAACAAGAUUUCGAAUCAGGACUACUUUCUGCAGGUCAUGCGGCGCAUGAUUGCUGAUGAGGUUAGAAAUUAUCUUCACAGUUUGUGUAAGAGAAGGGAAUAUGUUCAUCCGAAUCUUCACAAAUAA